ACACACAGGUUCAUCUCUCUCUCCCAGUCAGUCACUCGCAGCAUCAGCAGCAGCGCUAUAUAACCCGAGCAUCUGUCGGCGCAGCCACAUUACAAUCCAUCCACCGGACCUCACACUUCAGGAGGGGCAUGCCAGAGUCAUAACAAGAUAAUUCUGCAAAACAUAGAUUUCCAAUAUGACUAAGUCCUACACGGAAGAAACCAUGAUGUCAUCAGACCCCCAGGAUUCUGCGACCUGGACUGAUGAGUGUCAGGGCUCCCAGGAUGAACAGGAUAUGGAGAAGAAAAACGGCGCACUCGAAUCCAUGCACGGGGACCUUGAGGAUGACGACGAGGAUGGGUUAAACAGACUGGAUGAGGAUGAUGAGGAAGAUGAAGAUGAGGAAGAAGAAGGCGACGAUCAAAAGCCUAAACGUCGUGGACCAAAAAAGAAGAAAAUGACAAAAGCCAGAAUGCAGAGGUUUAAGAUGAGGCGCCACAAGGCGAACGCGCGCGAAAGGAAUCGUAUGCACGGACUCAACGACGCGCUCGAGAGUUUGCGUAAAGUUGUGCCAUGUUACUCCAAAACCCAAAAGCUCUCAAAAAUUGAGACUUUGCGUCUGGCUAAAAACUACAUCUGGGCCCUGUCAGAGAUCUUGCGGUCGGGUAAGAGCCCAGACAUCAUGUCAUUUGUACAGGCCCUGUGUAAGGGCUUGUCUCAGCCCACUACUAAUCUAGUGGCAGGCUGUCUCCAGCUCAACCCCAGAACGUUCCUCCCGGAGCAGACACAGGAGAUACCAUCUCAUAUGCAACCAGCAAGUGCUUCCUUCGCCGCGCAUCCCUAUUCCUACCAGACCCCGGGUCUUCCCAGCCCUCCAUAUGGUACAAUGGACAGCUCCCACAUCUUCCACGUCAAGCCCCAUUCAUACGGAAGUGCGCUGGAGCCGUUCUUUGAGACCGCGCUGCCGCUUACAGACUGCACUAGUCCAUCAUUCGACGGACCUUUAAGCCCACCACUGAGUGUCAACGGGAACUUUUCCUUCAAACACGAGCCUUCGUCUGAGUUCGAAAAGAACUACGCAUUUACAAUGCACUACCAGGCUGCCGCGGGACUGGCGGGUCCACAGGGACACGCGCCCCUUUACGCGAGCUCUGCGCAGCGGUGUGAGAUACCGAUGGAAAACAUUAUGUCGUACGAAGGACACACUCAUCACGAGAGAGUCAUGAAUGCUCAGCUUAACGCUAUAUUUCAUGAUCCGUGAAUACAUUAUUAAACCAUCAAAGACUGAUAAGAGUGCGUCAUGAUAUGAUAUCCUAGUGCCACUGAUGCAAAAGAGCAAUUUAUUAUCAUCUUGAUUCUAUCAUGUAGCCUAUGUAUUUAUUGUUGUUACUGCCUUUAGGAGAAGUGCGGAUACAUAUGCAUAUUCUCUUUCACUUCAUGUAUUGUAUUCUAUAGCGCUUCUAUAAGUCACAUUGUGGAAAUAGUGGUGACUAUACUCAGAAUGUGUUGAUUAUCCAUGCUACAAAAUCACAAGCAAUAAUUUGGAAAUCUAUGCAAUUUUAAAACGAAUACUUGGGCCAAUAAAAUAAAUAAUAAAGAUUUCUAUAUUUUUCAACCAGUAUUGUACAUCUCCCAUACUGAAUUAUUUUGUUGUGAUUUUGUACAGAAUUAUGAAUAGCUUUUUUAUGAAGUCGAGUCGUAUUUAAUUUCACACAACUCCAUGUUGUUAAUGUUUUAUAAAAUAGUGUUAUGUCAUGUUUUUAAUGAUACAACCGUUUUAUAAAAAAAGUUACGUAUACAGAGGCAAGUGCUAAUACAAAUCGGUUGCCUUAGCAAUUAUUUAGCCUACUGCAAAUCAUGCAACGUUGCACAAUAUUGAUAACUUUAUUUCCCCCAAAACAUUGAUAGCCUACUUAAAAGUGUAAUAAUGCGUAGGGGCCUACUACUUGCAAAGUAUCCUAAACGCCUAAUUGUGUAUACAACGCUUCACCUGGAAAUGCUCAUUGCAUAAAACGAAGUAGGCCUACUUAUUAUUUAAUUUCAAAAUUCAACCGUGGCCCAUCUUCAAAUUCAUUAUCAGUGCAGCACAUUUUGGAACAUACCAGGCACCUUCUUAUUGCGCCAUUGCAUGCAUGUCCAAAUCAGUGCAGAAGAGCUAUUUGCAGCAUGAUGCUUAUCGUCAAUGUGUGCCGACUGUAUAUUGUUUGUAAACAUUUUAUAAUGUAGGAUGUUUUCAGGACUCAUAGGGACUGAGUGCCAUGGAGUUAUACUCAUAUGUUCGUUAUUUGCAUUUUGUUUUUAGUUUUAAACUCUCUUCCGAUGUGAUUCAAGUGUACAUAAGUCAGUGGAGAUAAAUGUAUAUCAUGAAGCGCACUCAAUUAUUAUUGUAAAAUAAAGUGAAUGAGUAGCCUACAA